AAGCUCCUUAUGACGCAUUUUUUUCCUUACUUUUGAAUGUGAUUCCUCACUAAACAUGAUCCUUACAACUCCAUGAACCACUAUCACAACACUACUGCAAGCACCACUACAGCCACAAACAUGAUCAUGUGAAAAACCAGCAAAAUGUAGGAACUAACGAAAACUAUAUCUCGUCUCUUUGCUCCUACUCUUGCUGUAGUAGUAAGGAGAGGUGGAUUCGUGUCCCGUACGCUUGCCCAGCGCUUGCCCAGCAUGUCGGAUGACAUGGAGCUACGCCCAGAUGACGUGGCGGUCACCGUCGGCAAGGAAGAUGCCAAGGGCUCACCUUCAAGACAAUCGAAGUUAAGUAGAGGAGAACCGAACUGGAAGAUUUCAAAAGUCAAAAAUGUCGUGAUAAGAUGAAGAUAUUAGAGUAUCUCCAUCAAGAACGACAUUAAUACUGAAUUGUUUCUUUCUGCACAGGCCUUGUACGUCGGGUUUCUUGAGCAAAAUCCAUGACAUAUAAGUUCACUUUGUUGAAGAAACCACUUAGCAUUUACAUUCUUCUUCAUGUUCUGGCGAAAAAGAUGCGGAUGCGCCUGAGAGUCCUGGAGGCGGAGCAGAGGAUGGCGGUGGUGGCGAUGGCAAGAGAAAAUCGCGGUUUUCCUCGUUAACGGGCGCCAUUCCGCAAGUAGGUGUGCCUGGUCUCGGUAAACUUGCUGGUGCAUCUGGU